AUGCCCCAGACUGUGUGUCCUGGCAGCAUGUUCACCCCCCUGGCUUCAGCCGCCACAUGGCCUGUGCUGAGCCGGAGCUGGAGGAGGAAAGAGGAGGCCCCCCAGGAGCAAGGCCCACAGCCUGGGGCUGGCCUGGCCCACGGCCCUCCCAUCACCUCCGCCUCCCUGGACACACUCAUCCAGCACCUGAAAGCCUACGUGUUUACAUUCCUGCUCAGCGCCCGACUCUUCAUCAACCCGGAGCUGCUGGCGAGAGUGUGUGAGCUCUGCGUCUCCCAGCAACACCUGGACCAGAGCCCUCUGGACACGGCCAAGGUCAGGAGGUUCGGGCCGAAGAUGCUGCAGCUGCUGACGGAAUGGACGGAGACGUUCCCCUCCGACUUCCGAGAAGACAAGAUGGUGGCCCACCUGAAGGACAUCAUCCACAGGAUAGCCCCCUGUGACGAGUCGUACAGGAAGUCACUGAGCCAGGUCCUGCAAAAGCUGAGCCUUAAGCUGGCCACCCUGAGUCAGUGCGAGGAGACUGUCGUCAAGGGCAACGCCUCGUCCAUCUCUGACAAGCUGCUGGCUUUCAAAAGCAAGCCCCCGGGCCUUCAGAGAGACAUGCUCUCCAUCUGCAGUGACCCCUUCACCCUGGCCCAGCAGCUCACACACAUAGAACUGGAGCAUCUGAGUCAUAUAUGUCCAGAGGAGUUUGUCCAAGCCUUCGUACAGAAGGACCCACUGGACAGCACACAGCCAUGUUUCAGUGACCAGAAAAAGAAGACCACCAACCUUGAGGCCUACGUCAGAUGGUUCAACAGACUGUGUUAUCUGGUCGCUACGGAGAUCUGCAUGCCUGGUAAGAAGAAGCAGAGAGCCCUGGUGAUUGAGUUCUUUAUCGACGUGGCCAGAGAGUGCUUCAAUAUCGGCAACUUCAACUCCCUCAUGGCCAUCAUCUCUGGCAUGAACAUGAGUCCAGUAUCUCGUCUAAAGAAGACCUGGAGCAAAGCCAAGACGGCCAAGUUCUUCAUCCUGGAGCACCAGAUGGAUCCUACUGGGAACUUCUACAACUACAGGACUGCUCUGAGGGGGGCUGUCCACCGCUCACAGACUGCCAGCAGCAACAGGGAGAAGAUCGUGAUCCCUUUCUUCAGUAUGCUUAUUAAAGAUAUCUACUUCCUAAACGAAGGAUGUGCCAACCGCCUGCCCAACGGACAUGUCAACUUUGAGAAAUUCGUGGAGCUGGCGAGGCAGGUGGGGGAGUUCAUGACGUGGAAGCAGGCCGAGUGUCCGUUCGAGCAGGACAGGGUCAUCCUGCAUUAUCUCCACACAGCACCCAUCUUCACCGAGGACGGCCUCUACCUGGCGUCCUACGAGAGUGAGAGCCCAGAGAACCAGGUGGAGAAGGAAAGGUGGAAAUCACUCAGGUCUAAUAUCCUGGGGAAGACAUGAGUGGCCCAGGCUAGUUCACCCUCCUGCCAGCAGGGGCAGUGUUCUCAUUGCAAUAACACUAACUGUGAAGGAACCAACCAAGCUGGUACUUAGGGUUUUUUCUUCAUGUGAAGACGGCCACAAAACAAACAACUACAACGUUGAUGAACAGGAGUCAUCAACACGACACGAAACAAACAGAACAAAAUAAAGAAUCAUGCAUACGAACAAGAAAUUCUAAUAAGAAGAAACUUCAAGCUAUAUGGACACUGGAGCAAAAUGCCUUUGUUAUGUAUUUGGCUAGUGUACUUUAGACUGGGUACUUUGUGUGUUGUGUGUAUGUGUGUGCGCACCUAUGUGAGUGUGCGUGAGGAAUUGAUGUGUAUCUAUUCUUGACUUGAUGUUAACUCUCUGUGGGGGGUCAUGUUUACUACUGUAAAGUGUACAGUUACAGGGAGAACUACUUUUAAACGUUAAUUUAAUAUUGAUAUUAUUGUCAUUAAUCAGCCUAUUUCUCUCAUCUCUCGUACUGUAAUAAUUGUAUAAAAGUUACUGUUUUGUGAAGGGCGCUGGCUAGCCCAAUCAGCUGUUAAACUACAUUCAGUCCUCUUAAGACAUUGGCUGCUGAACUGGGAGGCGGGGAAGAGCAUCUGAUCAAUCCUUGGAGAUUUUGACCCCUUACUGUAUGUAACCCCCUCAAGAAAAUGCCUGUGUAUAUGUGUGUGUAUAUAUAUGUGUGUGAGUGUGUGAGUGUGAGUGUGAGUGUGAGUGUGAGAGUGUAUACACCUCUGUAUUCUUCAUACCUUCAGACCUCAUCAGAUUAUUGGUGUCUUCUAUCUCUCCUGUCCUUGGGGAUCUGGGCUGAGGUUGUUCAGUGUUUACCUCUGUCUAAAAAAAAACGACUUGUGCCACGAAAACAUGAUAACAUGAAAACAUGAAAACAUGAUAACAUGAAAAGAUCCAAGUGCAAAACAAUCAAAAGCCAGACCAGUGUAGAUUGUGUAUAAAGGACUUUAUUAACCACAUCUUCCUGCUCGAACAGGAAGUGUUUCUCUGACUGACAUUCAGUUGUUAUAUAUUUAUAGAUAAUGGAUAUGUCUCUGAUGACAUAUGUAGCUUUGUUUUACUGGCUUUUUCUCCUGUAUUGAAACUGAAGGAUUCUGGAUGGAAUGAGACAGACAGGCUGUGUUUAAAAGGACUGGAUGUGUUCAAAGACCCCUGAAACAGCUGUGUGUACGGAUGGAAGCUUAUGUCUUCAUGAACGGUCAAGAGAAUCCCUGUUUGACUGUCAGCUCCCCUCUCAGUAAGACACUAUGGUGUGGGGUUUGGUCUGUUUUAGAUGGGUAGGGAGAUUGGUGCCAGAUAGAAUCACUGAUUAUUUACAGACUAUCCAGGUUCCUCUAAUUUAUAAUGUGUGGUUGUUUAUGCCAUUGAUGUUUCGUGGGAUUAUCAUUGAACUAGUUUAUUUUUGCAUUUUUCUUGUGAGCCAGGGGUUAAGUGUUGGGUUGGGGGAGGGGGGUCGUUCUGGGAGGGUAUGGGGGGUGUAAACGGUUUGAUUCCAUUUGAUAUGAUUGAUGUUAUUAUACGUUAAAAAGGGCACCUUUCAUUAAGUUUAGAAGAAGCUAGGUGUGUUCUUGUCUCUCCGUUCUUCUGUUUGUUGACAAGUCCCCUGGUGUUCCCAGGAGAAAGCUGGUAGACAAGGAUUCGAGGGCAUUUACAACUGCUGCUUUCAGAGAACUGUGUACCUGCAUGUGAGCUUUUGGGUUUGUGUAUGUGUGUGUGUGUGUGUGUGUGUGAGAGAGAGAGAGAGAGAGAGAGAGAGAGAGAGAGAGAGAGAG